CCCCCAGCUUCAUCUCCAUCCCAAGUUCACUCUCCCCACAGGUGCAUCCCCACCCCAGGUUCACCCUCCCUGCAAGUUUGUCCCCAUAAGAGGUUUGCCCUCCCUUCAGGUUUAUCCCUGCCACAGGUUCACCUUCCCCAUGGGUUCACCACUGCCAGAGAUUUAUCAGUGCACAGGUUCACUAUCCCCAUGGGUUUGUCCCUGCCACAGGUUCGCCCUCCCCACGGGUUUGUCCCUGCAACAAGUUCGCCCUUCACACAGGCUUCCCCUCUCCACGGGUUUAUUCCCACCACAAGUUCACCCUCUCCAUAGGUUCAGCCCCACCACAGGCUUGCCCCAUGUCAGCUGCUGGCAAGCACUGGUGCAGCGCUCCGGCAGCCUGGCUCCUGUCUGCAGGCCCUUCGCCCUGAUCCCCAUGGUAGUGUUGGAGGAUGGCAAGAUCAACGCCCUGCUCUCCUAGAUGAGAUGGGCCCGGUGAUGGCGAUACCCCAACGAGUGUAGCAGCCCUCCGUGUAACCACCCCAGAAGAUGGAUGAGGAAAGAUCAUGGUCUGUUGACACGCCGAACCAUAUUCAUUUUUCAGAGUCCUUGCCAAGGAUGCACAGGUGAUUUGAAGACGUUUUGGACACAACUGGGAGGCAGAAGAGUAGACAACAUAUUCGAGCAGUUGCAAAAUGUGCUGCUGUUGCUAAAGCAAAAGAUAAAGAAUGGAACUGCCACAAACCAAGAAUGCUGUCAGGCUUGGACAAUGGUGAAUGAAGCUAAUCUCGGUGAUCUCUUAACUCUGACAAAUGUGAGUGAUGUGCCUGACAGAGAUGACUUACAGGUAACAGAAUCCAAAUUACAGCAUCUUCUUACAGAUGACAAUACUGCAAACUCUGUAGAAGAUUCUCACAGCAAAGAGAAGGAGAUGGAAAAAACAGGUUCUGGGAGUAAAGAAGUAUCUAGUAAAAUUCAAGAUCUACCUUUAAACCUGCAGUAUCAGAACCACAAGUGCUCUAGUGCGUGUCUUGCCAACAGACCAAUGAACUCCUAUAAGGGUGAAAAUCCUCUCAAGAUACCAAUCUUGUUUCACUUCCAAAGACGCCAUGCAAAAGCAAACUGCCUUUCAAAAUCCCUGGAUGUGAAUUAUAAAGCUCCUUGUGGCCGAAGUCUGAGGAACUUUCAAGAUGUACAAAACUAUUUGUUUGAAACAGAGUGUAAUUUCUUAUUUGUUGAUUACUUCUCCUUCAACACGUAUGUACUGUUGGGCAGGAACACGGUAAAUCCCAAACCCCUCGUGUUUGAUUUUGAUAUUAGCCAUGGAGCUGAAUCUGUGCCCGUUUCCUUCUGUAAUCAUCUUGACCAUGCAAGAUUACCUUAUUUCAAAUACCGGAGGGCAUCGUGGCCACGUGGAUAUUACCUUAACAAUUUCUCCAGCGUGUUUGUUGAUUCGUGUGACUGCACGGAUGGCUGCAUUGAUAGGUCAAAGUGUGCAUGCCUGCAGCUAACUGUAAGAGGUUGUAGUAAAAUUUCUCUAUCUCCAAAUAGUAAAACGUCUCAUGGAUAUAGUUACAAAAGGCUGGAGGGACCUGUUCCUAGUGGAGUUUAUGAGUGUAGUGUGUUGUGCAGGUGUGACAAGAUGAUGUGUCAGAACAGAGUUGUACAGCAUGGGAUUCAAGUCAGGUUGCAAGUGUUCAACACAGAAAAAAAAGGCUGGGGUGUCCGCUGCCUUGAUGAUAUCGACAAGGGGACAUUUGUUUGUACUUACUCAGGCAGAUUAAUGAGCAGAGCCGAAGCUCAAGCACUGGGAGAUGCUGAUCAAGGGCUGAAAGAGAAGGGUGCAGUGAAUGACAGAGACUGUGACUUUUCUUCUAAAAAAAGAAAGCGUGACAGUAAUAGUUCAGACUGCGUGAUUGAACUGGUGCAGACUGGCAAAAAUGAUGUUAUUGAGAAGCAGGACAAUGAAAGUAAAUCAAUCCUGUUUCAUCCAAGGAAUUUAAGUAUGGCAACUAUGAGAAGGCUUGGAACUAGAAUAGCUACUUUAAAUAAUCACCAGCAAAAAAAGGAAAUUGAUACACUGGUUCUCAGUGCCACCUCAGAUGAAGAUAAUAUUUCUCAUAUUCAUCAGUCAAGCAAAACAAAACUAACCAGUGGAACAAAGAAAGGAGAAGAAAAAUCCACUCAGCAGCAGAAUGAAGAACAUCUGAUGGAAAUUGGACAGACUGAGGCUGCUGAUGAGAACAGUGCAGAAUGCAAAAGAAAGAGUCUGUCUGUGCAGGGUGCUGAUUAUGGCAAGUCAGGGGUGCUGGAUGACACAUGUGUUUUGAGGGCAUCCAAAAAUGUACCAGUAAAAGCUGACUGCAGAGAGGAAAAUCACAGGCAGUUGAAACAGAACUGUGAGGAGGAUGAUGGUGACAGGCCACUUCUGAAGAAUGCUGAUGAAGAAAAUAUUUAUGUACUAGAUGCCACAAAAGAAGGAAAUGUGGGUCGUUUUCUCAACCACAGCUGCUGCCCAAAUCUCUUUGCACAGAGCGUGUUUGUAGAGACUCACAACAGAAGUUUCCCAUGGGUGGCGUUCUUCACAAACAGGCAUGUGAAAGCUGGAACCGAACUCACAUGGAAUUAUGGUUAUGAAGCUGGAAGCAUGCCAGAGACAGAGAUUUCCUGUCAGUGUGGAGUUCAGAAGUGCAAGAAAAAAAUCUUAUAGUCAAAACUUUCCUACUGUCAACACAUAAUGUAACUGGAGAUUUAUACACUGGAAUGGACUACUACACAGUUACAGUGCACAGUACACUAAAGACUUUGGUGCUAAUUACAUUCAACUCAAAUGCCUUUCACCUGGUGGUGUUCUAAGUUUCCAAUUAAAUGUCAUUUUUGUAGUUUACAGAAUUAGAACUGUUUGUCAUAAGAAGAGCCAUCAAACUUUUAUCAAACCUAGAUAAUUUUGUGCUCCUAGUCUUCCCUCCCCAUGUCUUUCCAUUCACAGACAAAGUUCACAGUGCACUGGAAGAACUUCGGCUUCUAUGCCACCUGCAGCAAAGAUGUGACUGAUGCAUAGCAAUGCCAAGUUAGCAAAACUCAGUUUUCUGAAACUCGUAUGAAUGCAAGUCUGCCUAUUUGAGGACUGAAUUAUUAAAAUACACUUAAGCCUGAUGGAUCCAGCGGAACAGAUAGUCUUGAAUAGUGAUGAGAUUAAUCAGAACAGUGUGCAGAGCUGCGUUCGUGCUACAAAGCGAGCUGGGCAAGUCCUGCUGCUGCAGGAGAGAAAUGACUGGGUUUUGUUGGAUUGCAUCCCUCUGCAUCGUGGCACACACAAAUCCUUGAGAAAUCUGGUGUGCCUCAUUUCAGUGUCCUGUUCUGUAAUGUGGGACAGGCAUUCUGCAGAAAGUCCUUGCUGUGUAGUUUGUUGGUAAUAAACAAGCGUCAUUAGGUGACACCGAGUGUAGAUGCAGGAGGUGACCGAAAUGGAGCAAGAGAUGGGUGUGCAGGUGUGUGGCUUCUGAAUGUGUUGGAGCCUGGUGCAAAGAAGGUGGUGUCACAGCCAAGCAAUUUAGACCACUUGAAGAACUACCGCCAAUGGUAUCAGCAAAAGUGGUUUUAUUGAAAUAAGAUAUAAAAGUGGGACUUAACAAAUUUCAAUGGCGAGGUUCACUGUUACUUACUGCAGAGUAUAUAACAAUGAUUCAAAGUUACCAACGCAAAAUCAAACUUAACCAACACAAAGUUUUAGUGCACUGUAAAACAGGUUUAUGUGCAGUUUCAGUCACUUGCCAACUAUUUGCUGUUGGUAAGAGGUCUCGCAGCCUUAAGGAGUAACCUUGAGAGGCGUCCCAUCUCAAGGGAAGAUCAGUCCCACACAGCCAGCUGCUUAAGACAGAGAUUUCAAAGAAGGCUCACUCAGGCUGUCAUAUCUAUGGAAUAAAAUGGUUGGCUCGGAGUCGAAUGACGUGCAAUGGAAGAGGCAAGCAUGAGACUCCUGGUACAUACAACUUUGUUCCUUGAUCAGUAAAUCUUGGAAGAACUACCUCUAUUCAUGCGUUGAUUGCGUGGUCAGUGUUUCAGUGUCCACACCAACACUCACCAUGUCAACCUCUUCCUGUGACUUUUCAGAGAAGGUUGUAUCUAGAGAACUUUUUGGCCAGUUAUGGCCUAGGCCUUUGCUUCCUUUGGAAACUGAACUGAACUACCAUGAGUGUGGUCAAGGACUCAAGCUCAUCCAACACAGAUGGAUUUAAAGCUGGCCCUGCAGUUCACCUUACCUUCAUUUCCUGAAUUUGUGCGAGACCAUGCAUGGUGGAUCAUGAAGAAUUGUUUGUUGGUAUUUACUCAGCCAUUUGCUGCAGAAAACAGACCUGGUGUUUCAAAAGCUAAAGCACUGUGUGGUUGACAAGUAUCCGAGAGCCUGCUG